AUCCUCAGCUGCUCCUACUGAAAACGAUGGCCGCGAUCGGUUCCCACUGCGGUUUCCGGUCAGAGAAAAUUCCUCUCUCAGCCCCUUCUACCUCCUUCUCCGGUGCCAGUAUCCGAUUUCCUCGUCUUCCGGUGGCUUCUUCUCCUAGAUUUCCUGUUAUCCGUCGAAGCAUCUCCUGCCAGGCAUCUUCAGCUACGUCACUUUCGUCUUCCGUCAGUGCAAAAUCAGAGAUGAAGGAUUUUCUGCACAUUGAUGACUUUGACAAAGCCACAAUAAUGAAGAUAUUAGAUAGGGCUGCAGAGGUUAAAGCACUUCUAAAAUCAGGAGACAGGACAUUUCUUCCUUUUAAAGGGAAGACAAUGGCAAUGAUCUUUGCAAAGCCCUCUAUGAGGACAAGGGUUUCAUUUGAAACGGGGUUUUCCUUACUUGGAGGCCAUGCUAUCUAUUUAGGACCUGAUGAUAUCCAGAUGGGUAAGAGGGAGGAGACUCGAGAUGUAGCCCGAGUUUUAUCUUGCUACAAUGACAUUAUCAUGGCAAGGGUCUUUGGUCAUCAGGACAUUCUUGAUCUGGCUAAAUAUUCAACUGUACCUGUUGUUAAUGGCUUGACAGACUACAACCACCCUUGUCAAAUAAUGGCUGACGCCCUCACAAUUAUUGAACACAUUGGUCAUUUGGAAGGAACCAAGGUUGUCUAUGUUGGAGAUGGAAAUAACAUUGUCCAUUCCUGGUUGUUGUUGGCAUCAGUUAUUCCUUUCCACUUUGUCUGUGCCUGCCCUAAAGGUUUUGAACCAGACAAAGAGACAGUGAAGAAGGCACAGGACGCUGGUAUUAGCAAGAUUGAGAUCACAAAUGAUCCAAAAGAAGCAGUCAGAGGAGCUGAUGUUGUUUACUCAGAUGUGUGGGCUAGCAUGGGCCAAAAGGAAGAGGCUGCAUAUCGCCGUCAAGUGUUUCAAGGAUUUCAGGUGGAUGAAACUCUCAUGAAGUUAGCUGGCCCAAAAGCUUAUUUCAUGCAUUGUUUGCCAGCAGAAAGAGGAGUAGAGGUGACUGAUGGUGUUAUUGAGGCUCCAAACUCCAUUGUCUUCCCACAAGCUGGAAACCGCAUGCACGCUCAGAAUGCCAUAAUGCUUCAUCUACUUGGCUUAUGAUUACACCAGCGUCCUACAAUAUCCUAAUUUUUGGUACUUCAGUAUUCAAAUAAUUAGCAUUUUGGAUAUGUUUGCAACUCUUAUUUCAGAGUCGAUAGAUUUCGGUUAACUUUUGUAAGUUGAGAUGAAUGUGGAAACCUAUAGUGUUUUGGUUAAAUGUACAUUGUAUCAACAUCUUCUUAGCACAAUACUUGAUUAUUUG